AGGACUAAGACACAGCCCAGGACCAGGGAAACUGAGAGCAAGCUCCGUAGAUACAGUAGUUCCAUCCUAUCUAACAGGCCAGUGGCCCAAAGAUAUCACUGGUUUUCACCAUAAGUCAGAUGGGGUUUUCAUGUGCGACAAAUCUACCCAAACCGCUGAGAUGGAAUGUAAGAGUGAGAAAAAGAAAAAGGGACACAGGAGGUCUGCUUCAUUUGGCCAGGGGGAUCAAAUGAAAUUACAGUUCAUAAAGCAACACUUGCAAAAGUCAAAGGAAGGCAGCAAAUAUGGUGAUGGAAAACAACGUUCGAGUCCAAUCCCAGCAAACCAUUCUGCCUUAUCCAUGACUGCACCACCAGCUUUAUGUGUGCAGCAAACAAAAGCCAUCCAUCUUUCAGCCUUUCACAGUCCAAGACAGAACAUGAACAGAUAUCAAAGAAAUAGUGUGGAAGGUCUCAAUACAGAGAUUGAAAAACUAGUUUCCAGUUUCCCUAUGUUCAGUUUAUCUGCCCCUGAUGAUGAUGGUGAUGUUUUCAAAGAGAUUCCAGAUGGACACAGAGCACCACCACCAGAGGUGAUUCCACUAAACAACAUGCGCAGUGUUAAUACCCAGACUCCGAGUCAUAUGGAUCAUAAUUUAUCCACCUCUUCAUUAAUGGUAGCAGUCCGGUGUCCAUCCACCAGUCCGUCAGUAACUCCCAGGUCAGGAAGUGUGGACAUUCAUUUAACACCCAGAAGUAGAUCUGACUCUGCUGACAGUAAAUCUAGCAAAGGAGAUAUUGAGACUUCUCCUGAACCAUCUCUCUACCUGUCAAGUCCAAAGCUGGAUAAAUCUUGCCCAUUUGUGCGUGAGCCACCAGAUGGUUGUGAAAAAGUCACAGUUGUUGAGGAUUCAAAGCGACCACAAAUCAAAGAACCAAUGCUGUUUGCUGUGAAACCCAACCAGUUUGUUUUUAAGCCAAGCCAAGGCUCUGCCUUUUGCCCACUCACAAAAAGAUAUGAAUUCUCACUAGGCUGUAAUGUUCCGGGAUCACCAGCCCUGUCGACCGCCAUUGAUGACUAA